GGCUUUAACUCCUCCAAAUUCCAAUGGUGAACCCUGCGCGAUAACCUUUUCAGAUGGGAGCGAAAAUGCUUAUGGUGCGGUAAUGUACCUAAGAUGGAACUCUGAUCAGGGAUCAGUGAUCAAACUUGUGGAGUCCAAAGCCAAACUGACACCAUUAGACCACAAAGGAGACGCUGUCAAAGCAGAGAUGUGCGGAGCAGUGUUCGCUUCGUGGCUGCGGAAGUACUUUGAGCAGCAUUGCCAAAUUCGAGUUGGAAAAUGGUACCACUUGGUUGAUAGCCAAACAGUCCUUGGCGCUAUACAGCGAGAAAGCUAUGGCUACAAAACAUUCUUCGCUAACAGGAUUGGAGAAAUCCAAGGAAUUACGAAGGCGCAGGAAUGGUGGUGGAUACCAGGUCCACAGAACAUUGCAGAUAUGAUCACUAGGGGGGCUAAUCCUCAAAAUCUUGAUGAAAAUUCAGAGUGGCAGAAUGGGCCGAAGUUCUUGAGCUUACCAGUAGAUGAAUGGCCAGUCAAGUCAGGAAAGGAUUUGGCAGCUUCUGCCCGAGAAAGCAUCAGUAAGCUUCAAAAGAAGGCAUUUGCAGCUGCACUGGCAAGGUCUAAAGCGAAAACGCAGGAACCAGUUGAAUUAUCAAGGCAAAAUGAGGAUCUUAUCCAAGUCCAAAUAUAUCCCAGAAGACCACCUGCAGGAUUAGCUGUCCAAAACUUAUUCAUUGUGGAAAGAUUCAGUGAUCUAUCCAGACACAUAGUUAAAACAGUAGCUUGGGUUUGGAGAGCAGUGAAGAAGUUCCUUGGCAGGGAUCGGACCCUAAACAACCCAAAGUGGGAGGCAGUCUCUUCAACAGGAACCAUAUCAGUGAGGGAAAGAGAAGACGCCCUACGAGACAUUUUCCUUGCUGCGCAAGAAGGUAUAACCUUCCCCAACACCACCAAAGACAGGCUGGUAGCCUAUAAGAAUCCAGACUCUGGGCUAUUGGUUUGUGGCGGAAGAGUGCAGGUUUUUAAAGAAGAUCAAGUUAGUGUUCCAAUCCUUCCCUACAACGCAUGGGUGUCUACACUGCUAGCCCGAGAAUCUCACAGAGAAAGCCACGGGGGUUUGGCUGAAACUUUACUUAGGAUGAGGAGGAAGGCUUGGGUCAUCAGGGGUAGACGAAUAGCCCAAAAGGUUGUUGACAGCUGUGUUCAGUGUCGGAAGACCAAAGCAAAGAAAUGCCAACAAGUGAUGGGUGAUUUACCACCAGAGAGGUCGCAGCCAGCUGUACCCUUCGAAUUUACAACAGUGGAUCUCUUUGGACCCUACCUGGUGAGAGAUGAUGUUAAGAAAAGAGCUUCUAUGAAGGUCUGGGGAGUUGUCUUUUGCUGUAUGUCAAGCAGAGCAAUCCAUGCAGAGCUGGUAAACACCCAAUCAACUGAAAGUUUCUUAAUGGCCUUCCAAAGAUUUGCUGCAGUUAGGGGCUAUCCUAAGAAGAUCUAUUCAGAUCCAGGAACCAAUUUCAUUGGGGCAAGACCAGUUCUACAGGAGCUUUACAAAUUCUUGGAGGGCAUCGACAAGUCCGCUCUAGGAGAAAUGGCCGCACAAAAUGGAACAGAGUGGAUGUGGAAGAUCCAUCCAGCCAAUUCUCCACACAGAAAUGGAGCUGGAGAAGCUGCAGUACGCAUUCUAAAAAGGGCACUCCAAAACUGUGGAGUCGAGUCUACUCUCACUUACAGUGAAUUCCAAACAGUCCUUCAAAUGGCAGCCAAUCUCGCAAACGAACGGCCCAUCGAUGCCAGAGCACAAGCCCAGGAAGACUGCAUCCAGUAUGUAACUCCAAAUGCACUACUGCUGGGGCGAGCAUCUCAAAGCGGUGAUGUCAAAACAUUUGACUUUUCCAGUUACCCAUUCAAACGCCUCCAAACAAUGCAGUCGAUGGUGGAUAAAUUCUGGAGACACUGGAGCCAGCUUGCAGGUCCUAAUUUAUUCUUAAGGACAAAGUGGCAUACCAUGCAUAGGAACGUUGCAAUUGGAGACAUUGUCUGGAUAGCGGAUCAAAAUGCACUCAGAGGCCAGUUCAAACUUGGCAGAGUAAUCAGUGUCAAUCAAGACAGCAAGGGUGCCGUAAGAGACGUCAAUGUCCGAACCUUCCCAAGUUACCCUGUUCCUAUCACAAAGCCCUCAAAAGCAACAACUAAGAACCAUCCAGUGUCAAAAAGAUGCAAAGAGAAGAUCCCAAGUACCGUUCUUCACAGAGACAUCAGAAGACUGGUGGUCCUUCUUCCAAUUGAAGAGCAAAUGAACAAGUAAUUUAGUAAAACAAUCUAACUUGUCUACAAUUAGUAGUGCCAAACAGUUUGCCUUCUAAGCAUUGCGAUUUCCACUUGUAUCCAAGGAAAAUCGAGUGGGAGGUGUCAAGUCAAACUGAGAAAGAUAUAAAUUAAUUACAAAUUUAAUAUAAACAAAUAAAUAAAUAACAUGGAAAAAUAUAAAUAAUAAAUAAAGAACUAUAGUAGUCUCAGCCAAUCGGAGCAAGGGGCAGAAAAGAGGAACUGAAAAAAAAAAUCCAGUGCUGUGAGGAGCGCGGCUGGCGAGCUCUGCGGAAAUUCCUGGCUGAACGCAAUAAAGAAAAGUGCACAGAUGUCCAACAUCAUCGAAUCCCGGAGUGGAAGCCGGUUUUUCACCUUUCUUGCUGGCAUAUUUGAUACUUUCAAUAAAAAAGAAGAGUGAAAUCCAGUCAAGGCUCCAUCGAUGAUGUUUCCCUCCCUUUCAAGCGGGGAUAUUGUGCACAUAAACAAAUAAGCUUG